AUGAGCGUGAUAUUCGAAAUGCUUAUGAUAAUCGUAAUAUUAAUAACACUGCCUGCGGCAGAAACGACAACUACAUCAACUGCGGAAGCUACAACAACUGCUACCGAAACAACAACCGCGGCUGCUACAGCAACUGCGGUAGCUACAACAACUGUGACAGCUACAACAACUGCGGAAGCUACAACAACUGUGGCAGCUACAACAACUGCGGAAGCUACAACAACUGCUGCUGCUACAACAACUGUGGCUGCUACAACAACUGCGGAAGCUACAACAACUGCGGAAGCUACAACAACUGUGGCUGCUACAACAACUGCGGCAUCUACAAAAACUGCAGAAGCCACAACAACUGCGGUAGAAACAACAACUGCGGCUACGACAACAACUGUGGCAGAAACAACUACUGCGGCAGCAACAACAACUGUGGCUGCUACAACAACUGCGGAAGCUACAACAACUACGGUAGAAACCGAGGCCACAUCUUCUGACACAAUUACAGCCACAUCCACUGACACAAUUACAUCCACAUCUUCUGACAGCAUUACACCCACAUUAUCUAACGCCAUUACACCUACAUCUUCUGACACCGUUAAAGUCACAACUUCUGACACAAUUACGGUCACAUCUUCUGAAUCAAUUACAGCCAUAUCCACUGACACCAUUACAUCCACAUCGUCUGAAACCAUUACAGUAACAUCUUCUGUCACAAUUACGGCCUCAUUUUCUGACACAAUUACGGCCACAUAUUCUGAAUCAAUUACAUCAACAUUUUCUGACAGCAUUACACCCACAUCUUCUGACACCACUACAGUCACAUCUUCUGACACAAUUACGUCAACAUCUUCUUAUACCAUCACAGUCACAUCUUCUGACACAAUUACGGACACAUCUUCUGACAGCAUUACAUCCACAUCAUCUGAUACCAUUACAGUGGCAUCUUCUGACAUAAUAACGGCCACAUCUUCUGAUACCAUUACAGUCACCUCUUCUGACACAAUUACUGCCACAUCUUAUGACAGCAUUACACCCACAUCUUCUGAUCCCAUUACAGUCACAUCUUCUGACACAAUUAUGGCCACAUCUUCUGAUAUCAUUAAAGUCACAUCUUCUGACACAAUUACGGCCACAUCUUCUGACAGCAUUACACCCACAUCUUCUGAUACCAUUACAGUGACAUCUUCUGACAUAAUUACGGCCACAUCUUCUGAUACCAUUACAGUCACAUCUUCUGACACAAUUACGGCCACUUCUUCUGACAGCAUUACACCCACAUCUUCUGAUACUAUUACAGUCACUUAUUCGGACACAAUUACGGCAACAUCUUCUGAUACCAUUAAAGUGACAUCUUCUGACAAAAUUACGGCCACAUCUUCUGACAGCAUUACACCCACAUCUUCUGAAACCAUUGCAGUCACAACUUAUGAGACAAUUACGAUCACAUCUUCUGAUACCAUUACAGUGACAUCUUCUGACACAAUUACGGCCACAUCUUCUGACAACAUUACACCCGCAUCUUCUUAUACCAUUACAGUCACAUCUUCUCAAUCAAUUACAGCCACUUCCACUGACACUUUUACAUCCACAUCUUCUGACACCAUUACAGUCACUUCUUCUGACACAAUUUCGGCCACAUCGUCUGACACAAUUACAGCCACAUCCACUGACACCAUUAUAUCCACAUCUUCUGACAGCAUUACACCCACAUCUUCUUUUUCCAUAACAGUCACAUCUUCUGGCACAAUUACGGCCACAUCUUCUGAACCAAUUACAGCCACAUCUACUGACUCCAUUACAUUCACAGAAACAAAAUCUGCGGCUGCUACAACAACUGUUACUGCUACAACAACUGUUGCUGCUACAACAACUGUGACAGAAUCAACAACUGCGCCAGUUAGAACAACUGUGACGCAAACAACAACUGUUGAAGCUACAAGCACUCUGGCCGAAACAACAACUUCGGCAACUUCAACAAAUACGGCAUCUACUUCAACACAGGCUCCUACUACAACUCAGCCGUCUACUACAACACAGACACCUACUACAUCUCUGGCAAUUACUUCAACACAGGCUCCUACUACAAUUCAGCCGUCUACUACAACACAGACACCUACUACAUCUCUGGCAUCUACUUCAACACAGGCUCCUACUACAACUCAGCCGUCUACUACAACACAGACACCUACUACAUCUCUGGCAAUUACUUCAACACAGGCUCCUACGUCAACACAGGCUCCUACUACAAUUCAGCCGUCUACUACAACACAGACACCUACUACAUCUCUGACAUCUACUUCAACACAGGCUCCUACUACAACUCAGCCGUCUACUACAACACAGUCACCUACUACAACUGCAGCUCCCGAGAUUCCAUCACGUGGUUUUUUCUUGGAAUAUGGCACAACAGCCGGGGACCAAACUGCCUCUGCCUCUGACGAUAAGUGUACCGUUCUCAUCAAUCUUGGAUACCGGGUACCAUUCCGCGGUACGGGGUACAGAAAAAUAUACAUUUGUCCGAACGGCCUUAUUUGCUUCAAGCAACCAUUUUCGGGUUAUUUUCCACCAAUCAACAGUCGAGGUAACAGCGCAGACUUUAAGGGCGCCGUUUGCAUCGCGCCUUAUUUUGCAGAUCUGUCGGUGACAAACAAUCAGUUGUUUUACCAGUCGUAUGACUUUGCAAUUGUUAGUAAUGCUAAUGUGAGCGCUAAGGUGAAGGGAUUUGUGAACGAAAGCUAUAACGAGGCAAACUUCGAGCCCAUCUAUGUGCUGAAAGCCACGUGGAUUGCGGCAAAAAGAUUUGGAGGAGGAAAUGAUAGCGUUACGUUCCAAGUCGUAUUUACAACAAACGGAACUCAUUCGUACUCGUUCAAUUCGUACCCUAAUGGCGGAAUGCUUGAUACGUUUGGCUCACCAUUUAUUGGUUACAUCGCUAAUGGUGAUUACGAGGGACUCGACAACACAGCCGACGGCAGCUACUUACGUAGAGCUGAUCAAAAUCUAAAAUUUAAUAAACAAUACAAAGGUGCCGUCAGUUUUGAUUACACAAGUAAGACGAAUAUUGAAGAUAACGACGAACUAGCGUGCAAAGUCUGGUACAAGAAUGAGAAAUCCAAGGCACGCCAGUAUGAGACAAUUGCAUUUGGAAUGCCUGUUUGUCCUUGCUUUUUGGAUUGGUUGCGAUGGGACCGGAGCUUCAGUUUGUGGGACUUCACUUGGCACUCGCCUAACGUCAUCCACGUUCCUAUGGAACCAACACGUCGUACACGGUCAUAUGGAAAGUCAUGCGCCUAUGAUGUCUCCACCCUUUCUUUCAUCGGAUUUGGGCAAGAUGCCGGGACCUUUGCCUCUGUCAAUAAGUUGGUCAAUCUCCGUAGCCAUCGGUUGGAGGACCUACACUACAGGGAUGUGUGUUGUGAGAGGACAGACCUCUGUGACCUGUUCUGGGAAGUCAGGCCUCUCGUUUCGCAAUGUUAUUCGUUUUUCCCGUUCUCGCUGCGAGCCCGAGGAGUCGGUGAUCCUCACUUCAACACGUUAGAUGGUGCAAACUUCACUUUCAACGGCCAUGGCGAAUACGUGAUGCUGAAAGUGAGUGAACAAGAUGUAGCCCUCCGAAUCCAGUGCCGAACACAGAGAGCGAAGAAAGCAACUGGGGGUCUCUCCGAUGCUACCGUGUUCUCCGGCUUUGCUAUACAAGGCGAUGGGGUCUGGAUGCAAGUGGAGCUGAACGAGGCAGGGAACAGGACUCAGCUAUUCGUGGGCACGGAUAAAACCUCGUGGGCGGACUACACGAAUGACUACUACAACCCUGGAACUAUGGUUAUCAAAUCGGUCACUGGACUGACCGUGUCAAGAAACAUGUCUGAGAAAACGAUUUCGGCUUUCUUCAGUGAUUCAGGUGUAACAUUCAAUGUCACAGAAGGAAACGGGCUUCUUCAGAUGGCGAUCGCGAUGCCAAACACUUUGAAAAACAAGAAGACCGUUGGGUUGCUGGGUAACUACAAUGACAAUGAUAAAGAUGACUUCAUACCACGUGAUGCCAACACUUCCCUGUCAAGUCCUUCUGAAAGACAGAUUUUCGAGAAAUUCGGCAGUACAUGGAUGACUACCGCACAAGAGUCAAUUUUCAAGUAUGAGGACGGCUUUACCCACGCCAAUUUCAUACAGGCGAACUUUACUCCGAAAUUCUUGGAGGAAGCCAACGCUACAUUACGAGCAGAAGCAGAGAAAAAGUGUAGUGGAAACCUUCAGUGUGUAUUUGAUUUUGUCUUCACUGGGAAUGAGCAACUCGCAAAGGAGACCGGAAGUACUGAAGAAAAAGCGGUACGAACAAAUGAGGCAGCAAGCAACCGAAUCCCGAAUAUAACUGUGGUGGCAGGAGCACAGGUGGUGGGCAACAAGAACACGUUGAUACUUAACGUCAACGAAUCAAGAUCAAUCACAGUCAAAGGAGAAGACGAUGGAAACAUAUUAAACUACUUAGUGCUCGGCAACUCCGGAGCUGAGCUUAGCAUAGAAUUAGAGGGCAGAUCUAGGAACGUCACUUUAAAGUUGACAGACACUAAUCCAAAGGAUUUGAGUGUCACUGUCACUGACAGCAAUAAUGUGAGCGCCCCCAUUCUGGACAUUGUACUCGUGGUGUGUUCUCUGUGUAGCGGACACGGCACGUGCAACACGAGUGUGUUGAGAGAGACCCAUGGCAACCCUAACUACAAAUUAGCAACAUGCCAAUGCGAGCCUUACUGGACAGAUAUAAACGAGUGUGAAGAGUCAACUAGCGGCUGUGACCAAGUCUGCAACAACACCCAGGGAUACUUCACAUGCUCCUGCUAUGCCGGAUACACCUUCAAUUCAACGUCAAACCAAUGCAAACAAGGUACGCCACCUAACGUUUGUAAAGAUCAAUGUAACGGUACGGACGGAUGUGUUGAUGAUAACAACUCACCCAAGUGUUUCUGCAAUGCUGGAUACCAGCUGAAUGGUGGAAACACACGUUGCGAUGAUAUUAAUGAGUGCAAUUCAACCAAACCAUGUUCGCAACAAUGCAACAACAUUGUUGGAAGUUACCAAUGCAGUUGUUACGAUGGAUACAAACUCGGAGUUGACAAAAUCACAUGCGAAGUUUGCCAGUUCCCUAACUACGGAGCUCAGUGCUCCAGAAUCUGUCAGUGCGGGGCUGGUUCCGAUCGCUGCGACCCUGUACGCGGAUGCGUCUGUAAGGCUGGCUGGACGGGAACCAACUGUGACACCGACAUAAACGAGUGCGAAACGCCAAAUAAAUGCAAUGAAGCCAACAAAGUGUGCACGAACAGGAUUGGUUCAUUUUCGUGCAAUUGUCGAGCGGGAUUUUAUGAUAACAAUGUAACAUGUGUUGACAUCGACGAAUGUCAGAGGUCAGAUCUGAACACAUGUAGUCAGGUUUGUACCAACACGAUCGGUGGAUUCACCUGCUCCUGUAGGGAAGGAUACAUAGUUAAUCAGGACGACGCGACAAAGUGCUUAGAUUUCGACGAGUGCCAAGCCGGGGUGUCAGGUUGUCAACAUAUUUGCUCGAACAGCGUCGGCCGCUUCAGCUGUGCUUGUUACUUUGGUUUUGAACUACAAGAAGACCGCAAGCAAUGCGUUUUAGCGAAUGACGUGUGCAUGAAAGAGUUCCCAGACAACGGCUGCUCGGACAUUUGUAGAGCGGACCUGCAAAGGAAGACCUACAAGUGCCUUUGUAACACAGGUUACAAACUUGGUGUUGACAACAAAACGUGCAUAGAUAUAAACGAGUGUGAAGAUAACACGUUGAAUGCAUGCAGUCAAACGUGUUCAAAUACACUUGGUGAUUACACUUGCGCGUGCAAUACGGGCUUCAAACUAGCAAACGACCGUCGCUCUUGUGAAGUAUGUGAUUCUUUCCACUAUGGUGUCAACUGCUCUACCGCGUGUGACUGCGGUGUGGGAGCAGAAAGGUGUGACAGCGUGACAGGAUGCGUAUGCAAGCAGGGCUGGAGUGGCGCAAAAUGCACCAUCGAUCAAGAUGAGUGCGCGGAUCUAAACAGAUGUCCAGGUAGUAACAAGAUGUGCACUAACACGCCCGGCUCGUACCUGUGUAGCUGCAAGACCGGGUUUAAAGAAGAGAAUGCAAUCUGCGUUGAUAUUAACGAUUGUGUAGAGUCUAAUGAUUGUAGGCAGAUUUGCACGAACACACCAGGCAGCUACGAGUGUAGUUGUAAUCCAGGUUACGUACGAAAUGGCAAAGAGUGCACAGACAUAAAUGAGUGCACAAACGGACAGGCUAAGUGUGCUCAGGUGUGCACAAACACUGAUGGCGGCUUCCGUUGCUCGUGCAACGAAUUUUACAUGCUUGGCGACGAUAAAAAGACUUGCUUACACAUUAAAGAAUGUUCCACAAAUCCCUGCUCGCAAUCAUGCUUUGAGAAAGAGGGCAGCUAUGAAUGCGCGUGUAACCUGACGGGUUAUACGUUGGAUACAGAUCAGAAGACUUGUAUUAUCACAUCAUCUGAUACAAUUGCGGCCACAUCUUCUGACACAAUUACGGCCACAUCUUCUGACAACAUUACACCCACAUCAUCUGGUACCAUUACAGUUACAUCUUCUGACACAAGCUCCUACUUCAACACAGGCUCCUACUACAAUUCAGCGGUCUACUACAACACAGACACUUACUACAUCUAUGGCAUCUACAUCAACACAGGCUCCUACUACAACUCAGCCGUCUACUACAACACAUACACCUACUACAUCUGUGGCAAUUACUUCAACACAGGCUCCUACUUCAACGCAGGCUCCUACUAUAAUUCAGCCGUCUACUACAACACAGACACCUACUACAUCUCUGACAUCUACUUCAACACAUGCUCCUACUACAACUCAGCCGUCUACUACAACACAGACACCUACUAUACCUGCAGCUCCCGAGAUUCCAUCACGUGCAAUGCUAAUGUGAGCGCUAAGGUGAAGGGAUUUGUGAACGAAAGCUAUGGAGAGGCAAACUUCGAGCCCAUCUAUGUGCUGAAAGCCACGUGGAUUGCGGCAAAAAGAUUUGGAGGAGGAAAUGAUAGCGUUACGUUCCAAGUCGUAUUUACAACAAACGGAACUCAUUCGUACUCGUUCAAUUCGUACCCUAAUGGCGGAAUGCUUGAUACGUUUGGCUCACCAUUUAUUGGUUACAUCGCUAAUGGUGAUUACGAGGGACUCGACAACACAGCCGACGGCAGCUACUUACAACAAUACAAAGGUGCCAUCAGUUUUGAUUACACGAGUAAGACGAAUAUUGAAGAUAACGACGAACUAGCGUGCAAAUUCUGGUACAAGAAUGAGAAAUCCAAGGCACACCAGUAUGAGACAAUUGCAUUUGGAAUGCCUUCAUGUGCCUAUGAUGUCUCCACCCUUUCUUUCAUCGGAUUUGGGCAAGAUGCCGGGACCUUUGCUUCUGUCAACCAGUUGGUCAAUCUCCGUAGCCAUCGGUUGGAGGACCUACACUACAGGGAUGUGUGUUGUGAGAGAACAGACCUCUGUGACCUGUUCUGGGAAGUCAGGCCUCUCGUUUCGCAAUGUUAUUCGGUUUUCCCGUUCUCGCUGCGAGCCCGAGGAGUCGGUGAUCCUCACUUCAACACGUUAGAUGGUGCAAAUUUCACUUUCAACGGCCAUGGCGAAUACGUGAUGCUGAAAGUGAGUGAACAAGAUGUAGCCCUCCGAAUCCAGUGCCGAACACAGAGAGCGAAGAAAGCAACUGGGGGUCUCUCCGAUGCUACCGUGUUCUCCGCCUUUGCUAUACAAGGCGAUGGGGUCUGGAUGCAGGUGGAGCUGAACGAGGCAGGGAACAGGACUCAGCUAUUCGUGGGCACGGAUAAAACCUCGUGGGCGGACUACACGAAUGACUACUAUAACCCUGGAACUAUGGUUAUCAAAUCGGUCACUGGACUGACCGUGUCAAGAAACAUGUCUGAGAAAACGAUUUCGGCUUUCUUCAGUGAUUCAGGUGUAACAUUCAAUGUCACAGAAGGAAACGGGCUUCUUCAGAUGGCGAUCGCGAUGCCAAACACUUUGAAAAACAAGAAGACCGUUGGGUUGCUGGGUAACUACAAUGACAAUGAUAAAGAUGACUUUAUACCACGUGAUGCCAACACUUCCCUGUCAAGUCCUUCUGAAAGACAGAUUUUCGAGAAAUUCGGCAGUACAUGGAUGACUACCGCACAAGAGUCAAUUUUCAAGUAUGAGGACGGCUUUACCCACGCCAAUUUCAUACAGGCGAACUUUACUCCGAAAUUCUUGGAGGAAGCCAACGCUACAUUACGAGCAGAAGCAGAGAAAAAGUGUAGUGGAAACCUUCAGUGUGUAUUUGAUUUUGUCUUCACUGGGAAUGAGCAACUCGCAAAGGAGACCGGAAGUACUGAAGAAAAAGCGGUACGAACAAAUGAGGCAGCAAGCAACCGAAUCCCGAAUAUAACUGUGGUGGCAGGAACACAGGUGGUGGGCAACAAGAACACGUUGAUACUUAACGUCAACGAAUCAAGAUCAAUCACAGUCAAAGGAGAAGACGAUGGAAGCAUAUUAAACUACUUAGUGCUCGGCAACUCCGGUGCUGAGCUUAGCAUAGAAUUAGAGGACAGAUCUAGGAACGUCACUUUAAAGUUGACAGACACUAAUCCAAAGAAUUUGAGUGUCACUGUCACUGACAGCAAUAAUGUGAGCGCCCCCAUUCUGGACAUUGUACUCGUGGUGUGUUCUCUGUGUAGCGGACACGGCACGUGCAACACGAGUGUGUUGAGAGAGACCCAUGGCAACCCUAACUACAAAUUAGCAACAUGCCAAUGCGAGCUUUACUGGACAGGUGAUGAUUGUCAAUUUGAUUUUGACGCAUGCGCAGAAAAUCCUUGUUCAGUCGGACGCAACUGCACGGACACAAACGCGGACGCACACAAAGGAAAUCCAUCAAUACCGACUUACACCUGCACUCCAUGCCCAGCUGGAUUUGAAGACAACAAUGCUAAGUGCGAGGAUAUCGACGAAUGUAAGAACCUGCCCUGUGGUCUUAGUUCUAAGUGUGUAAACACAGAGGGGAGUUUCUCGUGUGUUUGCAAUGCUGGAUACCGUUUGUCUUCAACCAAUAAAACCGCAUGUAACGAUAUAAACGAGUGUGAAGAGUCAACUAGCGGCUGUGACCAAGUCUGCAACAACACCCAGGGAUACUUCACAUGCUCCUGCUAUGCCGGAUACACCUUCAAUUCAACGUCAAACCAAUGCAAACAAGGUACGCUACCUAACGUUUGUAAAGAUCAAUGUAACGGUACGGACGGAUGUGUUGAUGAUAACAACUCACCCAAGUGUUUCUGCAAUGCUGGAUACCAGCUGAAUGGUGGAAACACACGUUGCGAUGAUAUUAAUGAGUGCAAUUCAACCAAACCAUGUUCGCAACAAUGCAACAACAUUGUUGGAAGUUACCAAUGCAGUUGUUACGAUGGAUACAAACUCGGAGUUGACAAAAUCACAUGCGAAGUUUGCCAGUUCCCUAACUACGGAGCUCAGUGCUCCAGAAUCUGUCAGUGCGGGGCUGGUUCCGAUCGCUGCGACCCUGUACGCGGAUGCGUCUGUAAGGCUGGCUGGACGGGAACCACCUGUGACACCGACAUAAACGAGUGCGAAACGCCAAAUAAAUGCAAGGACGCCAACAAAGUGUGCACGAACACGAUUGGUUCAUUUUCGUGCAAUUGUCGAGCGGGAUUUUAUGAUAACAAUGUCACAUGUGUUGACAUCGACGAAUGUCAGAGGUCGGAUCUGAACACGUGUAGUCAGGUUUGUACCAACACGAUCGGUGGAUUCACCUGCUCCUGUAGGGAAGGAUACAUAGUUAAUCAGGACGACGCGACAAAGUGCUUAGAUGUCAACGAGUGCCAAGCCGGGGUGUCAGGUUGUCAACAUAUUUGCUCGAACAGCGUCGGCCGCUUCAGCUGUGCUUGUUACUUUGGUUUUGAACUACAAGAAGACCGCAAGAAAUGCGUUUUAGCGAAUGACGUGUGCAUGAAAGAGUUCCCAGAUAACGGUUGCUCAGACAUUUGUAGAGCGGACCUGCAAAGCAAGACCUACAAGUGCCUUUGUAACACAGGUUACAAGCUUGGUGCUGACAACAAAACGUGCAUAGAUAUAAACGAGUGUGAAGAUAACACGUUGAAUGCGUGCAGUCAAACGUGUUCAAAUACACUUGGGGAUUACACUUGCGCGUGCAAUACGGGCUUCAAACUAGCAAACGACCGUCGCUCUUGUGAAGUAUGUGAUUCUUUCCACUAUGGUGUCAACUGCUCUACCGCGUGUGACUGCGGUGUGGGAGCACAAAGGUGUGACAGCGUGACAGGAUGCGUAUGCAAGCAGGGCUGGAGUGGCGCAAAAUGCACCAUCGAUCAAGAUGAGUGCGCGGAUCUAAACAGAUGUCCGGGUAGUAACAAGAUGUGUACUAACACGCCCGGCUCAUACCUGUGUAGCUGCAAGACCGGGUUUAAAGAAGAGAAUGCAAUCUGCGUUGAUAUUAACGAAUGUGUGGAGUCUAAUGAGUGUAGGCAGAUUUGCACGAACACACCGGGCAGCUACGAGUGCAGUUGUAAUCCAGGUUAUGUGCUAAAUGGCAAAGAGUGCACAGACAUAAAUGAGUGCACAAACGGACAAGCUAAAUGUGCUCAGGUGUGCACAAACACUGAUGGCGGCUUCCGUUGCUCGUGCAACGAAUUUUACAUGCUUGGCGACGACAAAAAGACUUGCUUACCGCAACAAAAAUGUUCCACAUCAAACUAUUGUACAAAUGGUGUUUGCGCCUUGAUAAAUGCCAGCCAAACAUGUACAUGCAAUGCAGGCUUUAAGUUCAAGACAGGGAGCGUAACUGAAUGCGAAGACAUUAAAGAAUGUUUAACAAAUCCCUGCUCGCAAUCGUGCCUGGAGACAGAGGGAAGCUAUGAAUGCGCGUGUAACAUGACGGGUUACACGUUAGACAAAGACCAGAUUACUUGUAUAAAAUGUCCCGCUCGAAACUACGGUGCAAACUGCAGUUCAGUGUGUUCAUGCAAUGAAACAAACACGUUGUCGUGUGCAUUUGACACAGGUAGCUGUUCUUGUAAGGCAGGCUGGAAUGGCACCAACUGCGAUCAGGACAAAAAUGAGUGUGGCUCCAAUCCAAACCCAUGUCCUGCAAAUUCAGAAUGCACAAACACGCCCGGGUCGUACGUUUGUAACUGCAAAAAUGGCUAUGUUAAAUCUGGAGAUGGGACAUGCCAAGCAUGUAGCAACAAUAAAUAUGGAAAUGGCUGUAACACGCCGUGUAACUGCAACACCACCAACGCGUUGGUUUCAACGCAGACAUGCAAUCACGUGAAUGGCACGUGCUUGUGCAAAGCCCAAUGGGAAGGUGCUACGUGUGAAGCUGAUGCAGACGAAUGCAAGCUUGGUACUCACAACUGUGCUUACCUCAGCAAGUUCUGUCACAACACCAACGGAGGCUUUGAAUGCUCGUGUCUGAUAGGAUUCAAUGCAAUAAACGGAUCGUGCAUUCCGGACGCCCUAACGACAACUACAUUAGCCCCGCAACAGGAUGGCGUUGAUAUUUCCAUCACGAUUAAUAUUCCUAAAGAGAAGGUCAUCCAUUUGAACUUUACUGUGAAGGCGACGUUCGAUGUAUGGGAAAAGAUAUUCCUUCAUUGGAUUAAUGACCGAUAUAAGAAGAUGGACAGGAAACUAAAGAAGGUUAUAGUUCGUAGUAUCUCAAUUGGAAGUUUGAAUGUGAAUGCCACCAUAAUCAAGGAAGAUAGCCAAGAAGCCUCACAGAUCUUCACACAAGCAACACAGGACUUGAACAAUGCAACAUUUGUCCUUUGAUAAUGUGCCAUAUGCAGCGAAUCUUGUAGCAGUCGGCGACGUUACCAUUGAUCCAACGAAACCAUUGAAUGAUCAAAAGCUGUGCAAUCUACUUGAGUGAUAACGGACAAUGUUCAUACAACUACGCAUGCGUGGUGGUGGAAGGAAAUCCUACCUGCGA